AUGAAUAUGUUGGAUGAUGAAGUUGACCAAAGCUUUCACGCUACGCGUGACGGCUACUCCCAUUUGAGCGAUGUCGAAUGGGAUGCGGUUGAACGAAUGGGUUCGACCAUGGGCAUCCAUGCUGUUAGCGUCAUGCUAGAGGCUCUCAAUAGAGAUGCCCAACAUGCUACUAUCGCCAAGUUCAUUCAAAAUGAACUUGACGCAGAACGCGAGAAAGUAGCCUUGCUUCACCAACAAGGUUCUCAACAAGCAGAGUUGUUGAGAGAACAAGGUGCUCAACAGUUUGAACUGUUGAGACAGCAGCAAGCUGCUGCUGGUGGGUCGAUGCACUCGCGUCGACCCGAGACUUUGAAGAUUGACAUCUCAAAGUAUAGGGGGGUCGAAGAAGACUCCCUCUUGAGAUGGUUCGUCGAAUUGGAUGACGCCAUAAGGGCGCGUCGCAUCGACGACGGGGAUAUGCAAGUUGCAUUUGCCCAGUCAAAUCUGGCAGGACGUGCCAAGACUUGGGCACUGGGGCUCAAGCUGCACGACCCAUACGCGUUUGGGUCGUUGGAAGUCUUCAAGUCGCGGCUCAGACAAACGUUUGGACCGCCUAGAAGCUGA